UUACUAAAUAAUCGCUAUAUGGCUGAACAGCGUAUUCAUGGUUUGAAACGUAAAUUUGUUAAGAACACGAAAUUUCAAGAGGAAUAUACAUCCUUCUUACAGAAUAUGAUUAAUAAUGAUUAUGCUGAAAGGAUACCAAUGAAUCAACUAUAUCGAGAUGAUGGAGAGAUCUGGUAUAUUCCGCACCAUGGGGUGUACCACUCGAAGAAAGGGACAUUGAGGGUGGUCUUUGACUGCGCGGCAGUCUUUAAAGGGACAUCACUUAACAGUGAAUUACUGCAAGGUCCAGACCUUACUAACUCGCUCCUUGGAGUUCUCAUCAAAUUUAGGCAAGAACCGAUAGCUUUGAUGGCUGAUAUCAGAGCAAUGUUUUAUCAAGUGAAAGUAACUGGUAAACAUAUUGAUUAUCUGCGAUUCUUAUGGUGGCCUGAAGGGGAUGUGCAGCAAGACCUUGUUGAUUACCGAAUGAAAGUACAUCUUUUCGGAGCAGUGUCAUCUCCAAGUUGUGCGAAUUUCGCUUUGAGGAAAACCGCAGAGGAUAAUACAGGUUAUUUCCCAGAGGAGGUAAUUUCCACUUUGAAAAAUAAUUUUUAUGUGGACGAUUGCCUAAAAUCCGUAUCUACCGAGUUAGAGGCAAUUCAAAUAGUGAAGCACCUAACCUCUCUCUGCAAUAAGGGAGGAUUUGUACUUACCAAGUGGGUUAGCAACAGUCGUGCUGUUUUGGAAAGCAUUCCACCAGAUGACAGAGCCGAAGAAACCAAGGUGAUGGAUUUAGACAAAGACAACUUGCCAAUGGAAAGGGCACUGGGACUGCACUGGUGUGUGGAAACGGAUGUGUUUAAGUUUAAAUUGUCAAUUCAGGAACGACCAUGCACAAGAAGGGGUAUCUUAUCUGUGAUUGGUUCAGUAUAUGAUCCUUUGGGAUUUCUGGCACCAUUUACACUGCUAGCCAAGUUAAUUUUACAGAAUCUGUGUCGAGAAAAACUUGGUUGGGAUGAGAGUAUAACUCAAACAUCCUCGCACAGUUGGACAGAAUGGUUAAAAGACCUCCAAAAAAUGUCAACGUUUAAGGUAGAUCGGUGUAUAAAGCCUAAAACCAUUGGUAAUAUCGGAAAUGCGCAACUGCAUCACUUUUCGGAUGCCAGCGAAAGUGGUUAUGGGACUGUUUCAUACUUAAGACUACAAGAUGUAAACAAAAGAGUGCAUGUUGCAUUCGUAAUGGGAAAAGCCAGAGUAGCACCAUUGAAGCAAAUGACGAUUCCCAGAAUGGAACUUACAGCAGCAGUCUUAGCUGUGAAAAUUGACAUAAUGCUGAAAAAGGAACUGCAAUUUCAACUGGAAGAAUCUACCUUCUGGACCGAUAGUACUACGGUUUUGAAAUACAUUAACAAUGAAAGCAAACGUUUUUAUGACAUUUGUUGCAAAUAGAGUUUCCUUUGUACUAGGAGCUACUAAUGUUUCUCAAUGGAGAUAUGUUAAUACAAAGGAAAAUCCUGCGGAUGAAGCCUCUAGGGGACAAACAGCAAAUUGCUUUCUUAAUAACAAGAGAUGGAUCAAUGGGCCAAAGUUUCUUAGUAAGCCAAGUAGAGAAUGGCCAAAGCUUGAACUCGGAUUUGAAAUCUCUACAACAGAUCCGGAAAUUAAACAAAACAUUUCGGUGAAUGUGAUUGAAAAAAACUCAUAUGACACCGUGAAUAGUUUAAUUACCCACUUUUCAUCAUGGAAUAAAUUGAGAACAUCGGUAGCCUGGUUUCUUAAAAUAAAAGCAAGAUUGUUGAUGAAAAUUCGAGAAAAGAAACAAAUAACAGAAAGUAUCUUGGAGAAGAAUCCUGCGGAAAGGAUUAAAAGGAAAUCAAGUUCCAGGCGACAUUGGGUUGGUGGCU